UUUAUUUUUGCCUUGUUUUGAUUUCGCGCGACGUAGCCGCAUUUAGCAUCCACAUCCACGCUGGCCAUGGGGCACUGACCAUGCCCAUAAUUGAAUUAGCGGCCCUGAUUGAUUGACUGUUCCAAGAUGCAGCAGCAGAUGACCACAAGACCGUAUGCCCUGAUCCUGAUCCUCCUGCUGCUGGCCACCGUCGCGGCCAGCGGUCAGAAGCAGUACUCCAAGGCGAGGAAGCUGGAACUGAGGGAGGAUGUGCGCCGCAUGUUCCAACAUGCAUACGAGGGCUACCUGCGACACGCCGCCAAUUACGACGAGCUGCGUCCUCUGACCUGCGACGGUCACGACACCUGGGGCAGCUACUCCCUGACCCUGAUCGACGCCCUGGACACGCUAGCCACAAUGGGCAACUUCUCGGAGUUCCGGCGCGUUGCCCUGUUGCUCGAGGAGAAGAUGAACUUCGACAGGGACAUCAACGUGUCUGUGUUCGAGACGAACAUUCGCAUCGUUGGCGGCCUGCUCUCGGCGCAUCUGCUCUCCAAGCGAGCUGGCAUCGAGCUGGAGCAGGGAUGGCCCUGCCAGGGACCUCUGCUCCGACUCGCCGAGGACGUGGCCCGGCGUUUGCUGCCCGCAUUCGACACAAACACGGGCAUGCCGUACGGCACGGUGAAUUUGCGCUACGGCGUGCCCAAGGGAGAGACCUCCGUGACGUGUACGGCGGGCGUGGGCACCUUCCUCAUCGAAUUCGGCACCCUGAGCCGGCUAACCGGCAACAGCAUCUACGAGGAGGUUGCCAUGCAGGCGGUCCAUGCCCUCUGGGCCUAUCGCUCGCCCAUUGGGCUCUUUGGCAACCAUAUCGACGUGCAGAGUGGCCGCUGGACAGCCCUAGACUCGGGCAUCGGAGCGGGCGUGGACUCCCUGUUCGAGUAUCUCGUUAAGGCAUCCGUGCUGCUAAAUCGGCCGGAGCUCUUGGAACUAUUUCAUGAGGCACGUGCGGCCAUCGACAAAUACAUGCGCAAAGAGGACUGGUACGUGUGGGUGGGCAUGAACAAGGGCCACGUCACCCUGCCCGUUUUUCAGUCCCUAGAGGCCUUCUGGCCCGGCAUCCUCAGCAUCAUUGGCGACACGGAGCCGGCACUGCGCACCAUUUCGAGGUACAUUGGUGUGUGGAAGAAGUACGGCUUCCUGCCGGAGUUUUACAACAUCGCGGCGGGAGAGGCAUCGCCGAAUCGGGAGGUCUAUCCCCUGCGGCCGGAGCUGAUCGAGUCGGCCAUGUACCUCUACCGGGCCACAAAGAAUGAGUACUUGCUGGAGCUGGGCGAGCACAUGCUGGAGACGCUCGAGUUUAGUGCGAAGACCAAAUGCGGAUAUGCAACGAUCCGCAAUGUGGUCACCCAUGAAAAAGAGAAUCGCAUGGAGUCGUUCUUCCUGGCCGAAACGAGCAAGUAUCUUUAUCUCUUGUUCGACGAGGAAAACUUCCUGCACAACGAUGGCUCUGGCGGCGAGCUACUGUCCACCGAGGAUGAUGUGUGCGUGGUGCAGGCUGGUGCCUACAUUUUCAACACAGAGGCCCACCCCAUGGACAUGUCGGCAAUCCACUGCUGUCACGCCAACAAAGAGGACAUAUACGCCUCACUGGACCUGCAGCGCUUCAGUCCACGGGCGAUCUUCGAGAGAAGCAGGGAGCGCCAGGUGACGGCGCAGGAGCAAUGGAUGCCGCAGUGUCAUCCGGAGAACUACGAAUAUUAUUACAAGGAGCCGGAGCCGAAUAUACAGGGGCAGGCACAAGAAGCAGGAAGGGCAGGAGCAGCCACCACCACCAUGGCCGUGGACAUUGAGGUGUUCGAUGAGUUUCAGCAGCCCGCCGGCGAUCUUCUAGUGAGCAACUUCGAGCGGAUACGCGAGGAGCGGGAGCUGAACGAGAGCCUGCAGAGAUCAGAGGUGCCACGUAAUCAGUUGACCGUCAGUGAUCUGGACGAGUUCUUUGCCCAGCGGCGGGAGAAUUUCGCCAGCGCCUCCGACGCAUUUAACUAUGUGCAGGCCUUCAUGGGCAACUACACGAUGGACGUGGCCUUCAUCCGAGGCCUGCAGCUGUACGAUGGCAAUGUCAGUAGUGUCCUGGGCACAGGUGCCCAAAAGGAGUACGAGUCCCGCAUGAGAUCUCUAUGGCAGCUGUACGAACUAGAGCAGCAGUUUGCGGCCAAUAUCCGGCUGAUCCAAGGCUUGGGUUUGCUCACUUUUCAGGCGGACAGUGAGCGGAUGCGCAGUCGCUUGGCGGAGAUGUUGGACAGCCUGGAUAGGCCAGCGCACUUGGAGGAGGAGCAGGAUGCGCAGGAUCUCCAGGAACUUCAGCCGAGAGUGGUCAAUUCUUCGUCGUCGUCGCCCCAGUUGGGUAAUAUUAGAGAAGUAAUUAUACAGGCGCGCAAUGCCUAUGCCUUGGCCAUGGUCAAUGCCACGGCGAUGCAGGAGUUCGCCAUCCGCAUCUACUUGAGUGGGACCGCGGAGGCCGGCGUUCGCAUUCACCCGCUGCUGGAACCCGCCGAGCUGGUGCAGGAGGAACGGAUGAGACCUCUGAAGCUGGCGGAGGAGCGGGCGCUCUUCAGCUAUGCCCGGCGAAUAGUGGACUUUCGGAAACGAAUGGCUGACACAGUGGACCGGCUGCAAACGCUCAUGCAAGACAUUCCGCCGGGCAAGAGUAAAGAGACAGAUACUCAAGCCACCAAGGCGGAUGCGUCCACUGUUUACGCUCAAACGGAAGCCAAGCAGAAGGCGAAGAAGUUGGAAACGAAGAAGCAGCCACAAACCCAGAUUAGAAAGGAGAAGCUGACGGAGGAGGGCUCAGGAUCGGGAUCGGGACAAGAGGAGUCCGGCGGCUCAGUGUGGUCACAGUUUGUGCAGACCAUACUGCGCAAGACCACAGUGCAACGGGUCAAGUUCGACGAGGACGUGCUGCUGGAGAAGACGCGCAAGGCGCUGGAGAAGCACGCCCGCAAGGAGCUGCCGCACCACCUGUUCGCCUGCCACCGGCCCCAGUACAUUGAGGGCUUCGCCUAUCGGGACUUCUACCCGGAGGCGCUGUAGUUUCCCUUGCAACCAACACCUCGACAACUAAACACGACUGAUCUGUAGAUAUAUGUAUGUAGUUAGUUACGGGGGUAUUCGCUUUGGUGGCUGGCCAACCACAAAGACAAUUCUCACUGAACUUUCAUUUCCAAUCUUCUCGAGGUUUCAUUGAAUAGCGUUUGGUGAACGUGUUUGAAGCAGAUAUACCUCAACCUCGAAGGAUGACCAUCAUUCUCAAACAGUUCCCCAGAAUGUUAACGAUCAUUAUACUUUUAGAACUGGACAUAUUAAUAGGAUUGUCAUAUGAUUUAACACUGGACAUGCAUUUGUUUGGAAAACAUAUCUAGUUUAAUGUAUAAACAAUUUUUUUAUUGUAGUUUUAGAUCUGAUACUAUUUAUAUAUCCAACAGAAAAAUUAACAAAAAGUUCUUAAAAGCGGUAAUACUCUUCCCAUAUUACCCGUAUUUAAAUAUAAGUUCAAUUAGAUUAUUAUAUUAAAUUUUGGUUUUUUAAAGUUGA